AUGAAAAAGUGGAAAACGGCUAUAGCUGAAUCUGUUCCUUUGAUUCUACAUGAUUACGAACCUUUAGACUUUCAUAUUUAUCUAAAGAAAACAGGUUUAAAAGGUAUUGCAAGUAAUGAGCACUUAUAA